CAAAGCCAUGUCCGGGUGAGGGGAGGCUACGCUCCCCCACCGCCGGCUCUUUCUGGCGGCUGCGUUGUCAGGGAGGGGGAGAAACCACUUCGUUGCUUGAGGAGGGGGAGCUUCUCCCCCUCCCAUGCAGGGAGCUAUGGAACUGCCGGUGCCCAGGCGCGGGGCUGGGCUGGGCUAGUGCGGGGCUGCUGUCCCGCUGCCUGCUGGAGGCUGCCUUUCGCUGGUUCCCCCUUCCAAACCCUGGGCGGAGGAUCUUGAUUUUUCUUCUUUUUUCCUCGCUCCUUUUAUGUUUUAACCCUUGAAGUCCAGCUCAUUCCCAUUGGAACUCUUUGCCUCUUGAUUGUUCGCCGGAACUAAGCCUCAAUGCUUGGCUUUCUGUGAAAUCCCUCUAAUUCUCCCUCGACGGUUGCAACGAUCUGUUUUAUUGCAUUAAAAAUCCUCUCUCAUCAGUCCUCUCGCUCCCCGGCGGCGGAUAGGGAUGUUGCUGUCGCUUUCCUCUUCCUUUUCUUUGCGGAUAAUUAAAGGCAACGCUGAAGACCGAAAGAGCCCCAGCUCCUAACUGCGAAAAUGUGGCAAAGCAUCGGCUUGACCCUGCUGGUGAUCGUGGCCACGUUGGUUUGCGUCCUGCUCUUCAUGCUUUGUGGUUGGUAUGUGGUCUGGCAGCUGUUCUUAUCCAAAUUCAAGUUCUUGCGGGAACUGAUAGGAGACACGGGAUCCCAACAGGGAGAUAAUGAAAUUGCAGAGCCAGAAAGUGAACAGGAUGCAUCAUCCCUUCUGCAGAGGAGUAGGCAGAAAUCAACGCGGCAGCGAAAGGCACCAGCAGAAGAAGCAACUUAAGGUGGACAAUAUUGGGACAAUACUCAAGUGACUGGUGCACACUAAAGCUGUUUGGGUUUGUUCCACUGAUAGAAUGAAUGAAGAAGUAAAAAUCAUGAAUUCCUGAACUCUUGGAAUGAAUGAUUUGUAUGCUGAUUUAGACAAAGAUUUUAUUAGAAAACCAAGUGUACUAAUGAGUUAUUAGAAGAAGGCAGUUCCACGUGUCCCGGGGUGGAGAUGGUAACUACUGUACCUGUUUGUUGAUGGCUACUAGGCCUAAUGUUUUGCACCCAUGUAAAUGUGCUACGCUUCUGAAAUGGAAACGGUCAUUGUCUACUUUUAUAGGACUGCAGCUUAUUGCAGGUAGUCUUUAGUGUAAUUCAUUUAGAAGCUCUUAUGGAAUUAUAUGUAUUCUUCAAACCUUUUCCUGAGAUGAAAGGGUAUCCUUCAUUGCAGAAUGGUUUUUAAAAGGGGUACCCUCCUACAAGAAAACCAGUUUUAGGCUAACAUAAUGACUGACUUAACUGGGUACCAAGAGUUGGUAUUUAGUUUGAAUGCAUGACAGCUUUCAGGUUUUUUGAAAAACCAUUAUGGUUUUGCAUGUGUGUGUAUUCCAUCAACACCUUUUGUUUUCCCUACUAGAGAGGAGGGGAACAUUUAUUACAGGCCAUUAUAUAAUGGUAUUUUAAAAGGCAUUAAACAUGUGACUCGGUGGCUUUAAAA